CGAUGACUUGCAUGGCAGAACACUGGGAGAUUUGACAAGAACAAGCAAAGCUCAACAGGAUAUCAACGUCUUCUAUCAUGCCAAACCUCAAUGGGAGAAAACUGUCCAGCAUCACAUCAAAACUCAAGCUAACCAGCACACCGCGCGACAAACAGCGUUCAAUGCAGUGUUGCGUGAUAUGCGCUCUCGCAAUAUUGCGGCUGAAGAGCGCUCUGAACAGAGGACCAAUGAGCUUGAGCAGAAGAUGGAGCAGAUGAUGAAGCAGAACGUGGAGCAGAUGAAGACCGAGAUGGGUCGGGUGAACAAACAGUCGAACGAAUGGUUGGAGCGUAUGCUGAAAGAUUCGGUCAAGCGGUUGGAAAAGGAGCUUGAGGAUACGAAACAGGAGCUUAAGGAUACAAAACAGGAGCUUAAGGAUACAAAACAGGAGCUUAAGGAUACAAAACAGGAGCUUAAGGAUACGAAGGCGGAGCUAGCGAAGGAGAAAGAGAUCACAAGAAAUCUGCAGUCCUCGUUAUCAGCCCUCAUGCGUACUCAAGCUACCCUCAACAAGAUACGCUUGCGCAUCCUCCUCGACUAUGCCCGUCAAUUUGUACUAAAGAUUCACGGCUUGUCCAACUCGUCCUGGGAUGAAGCGACUAGAAAUUUGGACGAGGACGCUAUUGUCGACUUUAUCCGCUCUGCUUCGGUCAAGGCAUCAAGGCCGCUACAGAAUAAGAGCAUCGACUAGAUCAUUUCUAGCUCGGCUCGGCGACAAGCAAAUGAUGCUGCUCACUCUGCCAUUUCGGACGAUAUCCGUGAAGCAGUCCUAGCAGCAGAGCUCAAGCCAAGCGACAGAGAGUCGAGGACAAAUAUUUUCUUUUUUGUCUUUGGAGAGGAGGCCUGACCAACUCUCCGAUGCCGAACGUGUCUGUGGAUCAGUCAUUCUGUAGACUUCAAACAUAUUAUCUCAAGCCUUUCGUGCAUGCCUUGCUGCAAACCCCGCCUACAUCCCUUGUUCUCCUUUUCUGAUUGAGCCAUUCCCACUUUUUAUGUCAUUUCCAUGUUUCUUAUUCUUUUACUCCAAUACUCGACUCGACUCCAUCAUCACAUACUUUACCGAAUCUCAAUCAAUGUGUACUCCUGCGACACACUCUCCUUUC